AAUGUGUGGGUGUCUCAUAUAAGAAGGUGUUGAUUGCCCAGCAACUGGUGCCGGCCAGCUUCUUCCCUCAAGCAAGCUAGCAGCUGAUAGCCUCCAGCUGAACAUUAUCCAGCUGACCUCUCCCUAGCCCUGGAGACAGACACAACACAAAGCAACAGCUAGAGAUGUCAUGCUGUCAGUAUGGACGACGUGGGCUACUGGAGACCAUUACUAGACUGCCCAGUCAAGGAUGGUACUAUGGGUCCAUAUCACAGCUGCAAGCCGAGAGGUUGCUUAGCAACGAACCCAGCGGAGCUUUCCUAGUACACGAUUCUGUAGACACCAAUUCAACUACUGAACUUUUUACAAUUACCUUCAAAAUUUCGAAUCAUUAUGGCUCUGUUCGUGUUGACUACGCUAAAGGCUACUUCAGUUUGUGUAUUGCCGACCCUGGACUACCACUCUUCAAGACUCUCAUGGAUUUGGUGUCAUUCUGUUACCACCUCUCCACUGUACAGAAGCGCCCUGUGUGUGUACUGACCGGUCAGUCUGGACAGACACACAAUGUCCAUCUCUACCUCACUAAGCCAGUCUCUAGACACAAGCAACUUCAUUCCCUUCAAUUCCUGUGCAGAGAUACACUCCACAAGUUAGUCACUAAAGACAAGUUGGAGCGAUUGCCCUUGCCCAAACGAUUGCUCGAGUUGUACGUAUCUCGUAACCCGUUAUUUGAUGAGCAGUUGUUCCCUUGUGAGGAGAGUGGCUGGUUGGACACGGACACUCUGAGUCAGAGCAGUGGAUCAUCACGCAACUCUCUAGCCCUGGACACUGCAGGCAACCACUAGUAGGAGAUCAUUGUAUGUGUAUGUGUGUGUUAUAGUUAUCAGAUAGGUUCAUUUGUAUUCAAUUCUGCUCCCUCCAAACACUGGCUUAAUUUGUAUUAUUUUAUGUUCCCCAUUCCUUGUAUUCAUCUGUCAUAUCUCAGUCAUCACCAUGUCCUCUCAUCUGCACAAGUAGUCGUAUAUUGGCUGUAAUAAUAAUUAUGUUCAAUUG